AUGGACCACCAUUUUUCAGCAUUCAACGACAUCCCCGACAUCCAGCUCAAUGCGACGGGCCACCUUCAGGAUGGAUACCGAUGGUCUGAUGGGGAUGUUCCCUGGACUGGCGUACGCCACAAUCAAAGAGCAAUCACCUUUUUUGGCUCAGAGUUGGCCUUGGACUCGACGCCGGCGUACGCCAUGUCAAACAUGCAACGUUACUUGAGCGGACAUGAGCGCCCCCUCUUCGAGACGAACACUUUCCAACUCGGCAACACGACCGAUCGUGAGCACCAUCACUUCGACCUUGAGCCCUGUUUCGAAGCACAGCAGCCCCUGCCGUACACUGGAAGGGGUAUCAGGCAGAGAUCCCCGGAUAACUUCCGCUCUAGCUGGUCUGUGUCCUCGGGGGGCAGCAGCUACAACGUCUCGCAUAAAGACGACCUCAGCAUCAACAGCUUCGGCUCCCCCGAUCGCGGAAGUAGUCCGGCAUACGGCAUCCAAGACACAACCUACAGCGAGUUCAAAACCUAUCCACUUUACUCCAUGGACGAAGCGACCCUCGGUGCUGGCGGCUCCUGCACCCUCUCGGACAUCCAACCAUACCCUUCUCCUUGCGAGGAGACCGAGGCCCUUGUGGAGUAUGACGAAUGUCAUGACAUGAAGAUGGGGUUUGCCUGUGAACAAGAGACGAUCUUGUUCAAUGGCAAGAUGACGACGGAUGAUCAUCAUUGCACUCGUCUGAGCGAUGAGGACGCCAUCCGUGUCCGCGACGCUGAGUCAGUGAAGCCAGUCGUCAAGAGCGAAGAUGAAGCCGAUUCCGACUGGAAGCCUCGCAACAAGCAGCGUCGUCGCCGAACAUCUCGUUCGAGCAUCAGCUCUCAAGGCACGACUCGGCGCAGUAGUAAUGCAAGCAAGACGUCGUACAGCGCUGGCAGCGGGCGGGGUCGCGUCGCCAAGUGCUCGAAGUCCCGCAACUCGAAGUCGAACUCCUCCAAGAAUAACAACCCGGUGAACCGCCCCUUCCCCUGCCCUUUCGCAGGAUACUCGUGCACUUCCACUUUCGCAUCCAAGAACGAAUGGAAGCGACACGUUAGCACGCAGCACAUCCGCCUCGGCUUCUGGCGCUGUCAGCUAUGCCCGAGCACCCUCGACGGUGGCGCUACUACUUCCUACAACGACUUCAACCGCAAGGACUUGUUCGCGCAGCAUCUGCGUCGCAUGCACAUGGCGCCGAGCAGCACAGCCCCAGGCAGCAGGGGUGGUUCCUGCCCCAGCCCACCCUCAAAGGACGCUCCCGUCACGGAAGACAACAUGGCCGACUUUCAGAUGCAAUGCUACCUGAAGCUGCGUGAUGCGCCGCCUUGCAGCUCAUGUCUCUUCUGCAACCGGUCCUUCGAGGGCCCAGGCAGCUGGGAAGAGCGCAUGGAGCACGUUGGUCGCCACUUUGAGAAGGAGGGGGAUGGCGGCGAUGCGAGCGUGUACGGCGUCGAGCGGUGGCGUGAGGAUCUCGUGCUCGAGCAGUGGCUGCGCGAGGAGGGCUUGAUCGAGCUGGACGCGAGGGGCACCUGGCAGCUGGGCAACGGCGCCCCAAAGAGGGGCGGACAGCAUGCCAACGCCAUGAGGAGGAUGAUCGAGGAUAACAGCGAAGAGUCAUCCGAGGACGAUUAG